CCGCGCACGUCAGCGCGUCACCGCCCCUCCUGCAGUUUGUUUCAGACAUGGCUGCUCUCAGUAAGAUUCCACACAGCUGUCACGAAGUCGGACACACCUGGGACCCGUCAUGUGUCCAAGCUGCUGUGGACGUCACCAGCGGGGCUCUGGAGGUCUCCUUCAAAAUAUACGCCCUUCUCUACCUGAUAGCAGCCGUUCUUCGGAGGAAGAAGAAGGACUACUAUUUAAAAAGGCUUCUCCCUGAGAUCCUGCAGUCUACGUCUUUCCUGACGGCCAAUGGAGGUCUUUACAUUGUUUUCUUUUGCAUUCUCAGGAAACUGUUUGGAGGGUUCUACUCCUGGUCCUCUGGGUUUGGCGCUGCUCUGCCUGCCUCCUACCUCGCCAUCCUGCUAGAGCGCAAAAGCAGGAGAGGACUGCUGACGAUAUACAUGGCAAAUCUUGCCAGUGAGACUUUGUUCCGCAUGGCAGUGACACGAGGUUUCAUCAGACCUAUCAAACAUGGCGAGGUGCUUUUGUUCUCCAUAACUGCAUCAGUCUUCAUGUUCCUCUUCAGGAGUAAUGAUGGUCUCAAAGGCUUUGCAUUUUCUGCAUUAAAAUUCAUUAUUGGGAAAGAAGAGAUUCCAUCUCACCCGAACACGUCAGACGCUGCCGUGACGAGUCCCCCUGAGCGUUUGGAGGCUUCGGCAGAAGAAAGACCCAGCCUCAGGAGGACAGCUCUGACCACUUACACCAGAGGGCUGCUGAAGUCACUAUGCAAACGUGGUCCAAGACACAGAUGCUGUAAACAUUACCAAGACAACUGCAUUUCCUACUGCGUUAAAGGGUUCGUCAGGAUGUUCAGUGUUGGUUAUCUGAUCCAGUGUUGUCUGAAAGUGCCCUCAGCAUUCAGACAGAUGUUCUCCAAACCUUCACGGCUUCCCUCUGUCUUCUACAACAAGGAGAACUUCCAGCUGGCGGCCUUCCUCGGCUCUUUUGUCAGUAUUUAUAAGGGAACCAGCUGCUUGUUGCGCUGGGUACGCAACAUCGACGAUGAGCUCCAUGCGCUGAUAGCUGGCUUCCUGGCUGGGAUCUCGAUGUUCUUCUACAAAAGCACGUCUAUAACCAUGUAUCUGUUCUCAAAGCUGGUGGAGACCAUGUACUUCAAGGGCAUCGAGGCCGGCCACUUUCCUUACUUUCCCCAUGCAGACACACUCAUUUAUGCCGUCUCUACAGCGAUCUGUUUUCAGGCUGCGGUGAUGGAAGUGCAGAACCUCAGGCCUUCAUACUGGAAGUUCCUGCUGCGUCUAACGAAGGGCAGAUUUGCUCUGAUGAACCGGGAGUUGCUCGACGUGUUUGGAACUCAAGCUUCCAUGAACUUUAAAGGCUUCGUGCCCAAACUGGACCCUCGCCACCUCGCAGUGCCCGGCCUAACCGCGCUCCCACCUGGAAGUGACAUCCACAUUGGUUGACUUUAGAAGAGAUCUUUAUCUUUACCUUAAGACAAAUGGACAGGUUUAUUGUUUUUUGACAGUAAAUUCAGGAUUUUUCCCAACGUGAAAUACCUGGAACUGCUUAGGAGGAACGUAGUGCUCAGAGUUUGGAUUUACUUUGGAGGAUGCAAAAAGACGACGAUCUGUCCAAAGCAGGGCACUGUGAGGGUUGAUGGUGGAACAGACUGAAUACUUAAAGAUAAAAACAAAUGAUCUGCUGUUUUUAUACAUUUCACAAAUAUGCUGAAGCUGGGUUGGGUGGAGCAGGCUUCCUCUCCAUCAUAGGAGUCUCUUUCCUUCUUAGCUUUAAAACAACUCAAUUUUUACAACUGUUCUUAUGAUCAUGGUGACUGAACUUGUCCGAAUGUUUGUGUUCAAACCAUAAAAGACACAAAAACACAAUUAUUUAGUGUCUUGAUUCAUAAUUUGGUUGGAAAAACCUCAAAGGUGUUUUGGUUUAAAAAGAAAACUGGAAUUUAAUGUAAUUUUGUGAGUUUUCUGUUAAAACAGAUUAGAGAAUUAAUUAAAUGCAAGUAAAUUAUCAUCAUCCACUUCCAUAGGAUUUGUAAUGCUAGACGUGUAACACUACACAGAAGCACCAAGGACCACUCAGAGGGUGCAGCGGUAAAUAUGGAAGAUCAAGCUGGAGUAAUACUUGAAAACUCAUUUUUAUUAUUAAGGUCUGAGAAAUCACAAGAAUGUUAAUUAGAUGAUGUCGGUAUUAUAAGAAGUGUCAGAAAAACUGAUUUUGCUAGAGAUUCGGUUUGACUUGCAUAAAAUAUUUAUUCAUUUUCUUUUCAGUCUGUGAAACGAAUAAAUCAGCAGUGAUGAUUAAUGGAAGAAUGUAGCCUUAUCAAAUAUUUUAACAAUGAAUUAUGGAGAUGAUGUAUGUACAUUGAGAGGUUAAAUACAGAGGUUAUAGUGAAAUGUUUAAUAAAUAUUUGAAUUUCCACAA